AUGGCCUUCCAGGUGCCACACGUUCCUCGCCGCAGGACUUCUUACUCGAGUCCUCGCCCGCCCACUCUCGAUAUUCCCCCUUCCUCACAGGCACAACCCGAUGACGACACCGCCCAAUGGGUCCUAUUCUCACCGACCGCUCGCACGCACACGACCUCGACCGAGCGCACCCGGACUAUAGGUGCCACUCGACUAAGUGAUUUUGGUUCAUUUGCCGCGACACGGUCAGCCACCGGAGCAGACGAGGACACCGAUGCCCUCGAUGAUCAGUUGGAUGAAGACGGGACCGAGUUGGACAGCCUGGAUGAGGGAUUACAUGCCUUUCGGGCUCCGUCUUUGGGCCCAACAUCCCCUACGCGGUUGGAUCAGGGUCCACCAGCUAUGCUUCCAGCCCAUGAUGGGCUAGGUAGCUUCCAAGCUUCUGGUCAGGCAGUCCAGGACCAAUUAUGGCAGCACGAACAAUACAACCCGCAAAGGCUGUCUUACGCUCAUUUGCAACAUCGUCGUCGUUCAAGCGUGCAAAGGCAUUUGGAUAACGUCGGCGAUGGGGAAGCAAAUGUCGAAAGAGAGCGUUGGCAGCGCAUCGAAGAGUGGCGUAUGGAUCAAAGUCGGGCUUUGUUCCAGGAGAUCGAACGAGAGACUCGUCAGCGACGGACCAGUCGAGUCAGCCGGGUGAGCGUUGACCGCUCCGCUGAGCGCUCCGUCGAUCAUGCCACACAGUCAGAUGUUGCCGAUGCACCCCGAGACAAUUCGCCUCCGGAAGGCGUGUCGAAGGAGGAAGAAUCAUUCUGGCGCCGCAUCACGCGAAAGGUGAUUCGCGACCUUCUCGGCAUUGAUGAUGCCUUACUCUCGGUCAUAUUCGGGGAGUCUUUGCCGCUGGACGCGCAAAUUGACAACCAAGAAGACACCCUUAACAUGGAAGCAAUACUGGCCCGCGAGCCUGAACCAGUGUACAAUGAUUCACCGCCAUGGCAGAGCAAGGUACUUCAACAUAUCGCGCACGAACUGGGUGUUCUUGUUAAUCAACUUUGUGAACACCCGGGCGCUUUUACGACUUAUUAUCAAAUGACCAAAGAUAUAUCCGCCGAAUAUGCUGGCAUGUCACUAAACCGACUAGCAGACAGCAGCAGUUCCCAAGGACCUGGCGAGUCCUCUAUGCCAACUGCUGUAGAUACCACCGGCGAGUCCAUGCUAUCUCCACACUUCCUGCCUACUCUUCGCGACUCCAAUCGGGAGCACGAGGCCCAAUGGGGUAUCGAGGAUGACGACCCGAAGACAUCUGGCCUGAUGGCUGAAUCCACCAAGCUCCACCAGGAAGCUGAGUAUUGGGAGCGCGGCCUUGACGUCAUGAUGGUUUUCCGUUAUCUCCGCAACCGCUUCAGUCGUCGAGGAUACAUGCCCAACGACUCUAGCACCAACACCAACGCCAACACGCCAACUCCACCGCGUCGAGCCCAAGAUGCAUCCCGUCGCGCUGCCAUAAUUCGGCAUCACCAUCCCCUUGUGGCGCGCGCCCACUCCCGCUCCCAAACACAAACUCGUCGCCAGUCGCAGUUUUCAGGUGUUACGAAUCCCGCAGGUGUCUCAUCGCCCCUCCUGCGACCUCAUCUUCGCCGCCCUGGCUCCAGUUGUGCUAGCCAAAGUGCCAAGCUUUCGGCUAUCUCCAGCCGACGGACUAUGACAGGAUCCAGUAGGAACUACUGGGAUAUCGGCGGUAGUGAAACCAAUAGUGCUAUUGGUGUCGGAGCUGGGCUCGGCAUCUGGGCCGAGGCUUGA